AAGUCAUUACAUUGGGCUUGGCCACACUGCAGCUGUCAGAUUCGGACUACUCUCUGAAACAACACCAGCAGACGGAACCGAGCAAAGCGGUUCUGGCGCCUCACUUGUGCUGCUAUUCAGGACAAAAUGGUCUGUUAGCGCGGGCUGGUAGCACCAUCACCUGACCUCUGAGGAUUUCCGGUACAUGCAUCGCCAUGGAGACUGCCAGCAACUAUGUUCUCAUCCAUGGAAAGAACAUCUCCCACAGCAGCUUGGCUGGCUCUGCUGUUGUCCCCCACAUGUCCAUCGACAAGCUUUUCCCAGCUCUGCUCGAGUGUUUCGGCAUUAUAAUGUGUGGUUACAUUGCUGGCAGGGCCGAUAUAAUCACAGAGCAUCAGGCCAAGGGUCUAGGAAACUUUGUGUCCAAGUUUGCACUUCCUGCUCUGCUCUUCAAAAACAUGGUGCUGUUGGACUUCGGAGAUGUCAUCUGGGCAUUUUUCUGGAGUGUCCUGGUUGCCAAGGUGGCGGUGUUCAUGCUGGUGUGUGUCCUCACCCUGAUGGUGGCCAGUCCAGAGAGCAGGUACAGCAAAGCCGGUCUGUACGCCAUCUUUGCUACGCAAAGCAAUGACUUUGCUUUGGGAUACCCGAUAGUCGAUGCCUUGUACAGGAGCACGUAUCCUGAGUAUCUCCAGUACAUCUAUCUGGUCGCACCAGUCUCCUUAAUGUUGCUGAAUCCCAUCGGCUUCGCUCUGUGUGAGGUGCAGCACUGGAAGCAGGCCAGCCACCCACAGCGCAGCACCAUCAGAAUCCUCGCCGUCGUGAUCUUCCAGGUGUUGAAAAACCCAAUUGUAUUCAUGGUGAUAGUAGGAAUCAUCUCCCACUUUGCACUGGGACAGAAGAUCCCUGCUGUGCUCUCAGAGUUCAUAGACGGACUGGCCAACUCUUUUGGAGGAGCCGCUUUGUUUUACCUUGGGCUGACCAUGGUUGGCCAACUGAGAAAGCUGACUAGAGACGCCGGAGUCGCUUUGAUUCUUCUCAUCACGGCCAAACUGCUUGUGAUGCCCCUGGUGUGUAAGGACAUGGUGGAUAUUUUGGACGUUGGUGUAAACAGCACCAGUGCCAAUCACACCAGUUUGUCCAACUUUGCUUUCCUGUAUGGGGUCUUCCCCACUGCACCUAGUGUGGCCAUCUAUGCUGGCCACUACAACAUGGAGUUAGAGGUGGUGACAUCGGGGAUGGUCAUCAGUACCUUCCUCUCUGCUCCCAUCAUGUAUGUGUCUGCCUGGCUGCUAACCAUCCCUCUGAUGGACCCGCUGCCACUGGUGACUGAGCUUCAGAACGUCAGCUUCAACAUCAGCAUUGUCUGCCUCAUCGCUCUGGUUUGGACCAUCACCGUCAUGUUACUGAGCAGGAAAUUCAACCGGCUCCCUCAUCUCUUCGCCUUGAAUCUCUUCCUGGCUCAGUUCCUGGUUUGCGUCAGCAUGAUUCUCUGGAACUUUCUGGUGAAGCAAGAGGACAACCUCAUCAGCAAAACUCUCACCUUCACCAUGCUCUAUGGCUCACUGUACAGCACCUAUAUUUGGACUGGUUUGAUUCCUCUGUGUUUGGCUCUGACCACCAGAGAUGAUCUGCUGAGACUUCGACCAGGAGUGUUCAUGGCUUUAGGCUGGGGCGUACCUCUAAUCAUGGUCGGAGGACUUCUGAUCUUCGGAGAACAAACUGAGACGAUUGACUCUGCGUUUUUCUACGGAAGAGCUCAGAUCAUCAGCACGGCUGUGGUGCUCUCAGUCAGCCUCGUGUUAGGGGCCAUUUCCCUGAUGGGCCUCAGUCAGGGUGACCGCAACCAGAGGGGCUACCAUGUCCUCAGCAGAGCCGCCGCCCUGGGUGUCAGUGAAGAGCUGAGGAACCCAGGCUCGCUGGAAGAAUCCCACCGGCCGCAGCAAAUGCUGAGCUCUGCAUGUAGCAUCAACUCGGAUCUAAACCACUGUUCUCCUCCACAAAACAUCCCUGACAUGGUGGUGAGCUCGCAGAGGGAGCACACCAAUGGUUCUGGCCACAUGGGGUCGCUGUGCGAUGGUCUGCAGCACCCGCGACAGAGUUGCUCCAUGUCCGAGCAGCCGCUGGACCUCCCUCCUCCUGGGCGUCAGGCUCCAGAUGAGAAGCAGACCGUCAGACAUGUUCUGCUGUGUCUGCUGCUCAGCGUUAGUUUGCUUGCGAACCUGUCCAGUUGCUUGUGGUGGCUGUUCAACAAAGAUCCGGGACGACUCUACCUGGAGCUGCAGUUCUUCUGUGCUGUGGCCAACUACGGACAGGGCUUUCUCUCUUUUGGGAUCUUUGGUCUGGACCGGCAUCUCAUCAUUCUGCCUUUCAAGAAGCGGCUGCUCACCAUGUGGCACGGCAGGGAUGGUGAGGAGGUGAGUCCUGCGGAGGUGGCCGAGGAAGUCCGACUCACCUGCACUCAGUUCGUCCGCUACCACAAAGACCAGUGUGUGCAAGAUAUCGUCCACAGGUGUGGAAGGCAGCCUCGCGAAGAGCGCAGGUCUGAGAUUCUUCUGCAGCAGGAACCGGAGAGUUCCCUUCAGACUUCUGCCAACGAGCCCCAGUUUAGCCCUGCUGACCUGCACCCCCCUCACCAGCACGACCCCCACCCCACAACUUUCCUCUCUCAUCCUGAAUGUACGUUUCCUGGCAGCAUCCUGGUAGACUGGCUGGUGGAGCGAGGCCUGUCCGCCGGCAGGGUGGAAGCCGAGCGCUACGGGGGUCGAUUGUGGCAGGGAGGCGUGUUGGCUCACAUGACGGGUCAGGAGCGCUUCAAGGACACGGCCACAUUGCUGUACCACUUCACAUCCUCCACAGAGAGUUGAGCUGCGUGGCAGAUUUUACCAAAUAGGAGGUUUGAAAAAAUGACAUGUGAAUCCUCGUGCAGCCAAACCAAAGCACAAGUGCCUUACGGUGCAGCUCCUCCUCCCAGCCUGCUGCUAAAACACAGUGUCGAUUUACUGUAAUAUUUAAAUGCCAUUUCAUAUUUAUCGCAUGCGUGGGCGCACAGGCAGAUUCUUUUUGGGUGUGUACACCCAACCAUGAAUCAAAACUGCACUAUCACUCUAGAGUUACUGUAUCAUGACACCACUUUUUGAUCGUUCCUUAUUAAAACAGAACCAUUAGAUAGUGACGCAGAAUCAAUUUAAAAGUGGUCCACUGUGAAAUAUGCAGUGGACGAGGGGCAGCAUGUGAGCCUGACUGCUUCCCUCGCCCCUCUUUUGCCACAUUCCUCAUGCCCCUGAAGGGCAGAAGAGGCUACAGAAAGUACACCUAUUUGUGAUACUUUUGAUGUGUAGGAUGAUGCAACAGUGGACUUGUGUCAUAAAAACCAAGGGAUCCUGCAUAUUGCAUAUUGAGGCUAUUUAAAUGUUACAUUUAUAUGUUGGCCAGUCAAAAUGGAGAUUAAUAUCCAGGAAGAUUAUGUGACAUUCAAAUUGAUAUUCAGGCCUGUUAAAGGUAGUCUGCAUUAAGAGGAACCAAAAUGAGGGUUGUGGGUCAUACAAUAGUACUGCUAAAAAAUGUGUUUCUUAUUAUUUAGAAUAAGUUAGAUAUUUAACUCCGGUGUUUAAGGUACCAGCCAUAUAUACUAUUGGAUAAGGCUUGUUAAUCAUUCUGUCCUGUGGCCUGAAACAUUGAUAACAAACGAGAAGAGGUUGAAUUUGCAGCCUGAGAAGCUGAGAAGAACUUUUUCUACUUAAAAAAAAAAAAAAAAAAAAAAGCAUCAAUAAGUUGGUGUGUGCCAUCUUCUCAAGUGUGCACAUGUCAGCAGUCACUUUGGGCUGGUUCACUACAUUGUCUCCCUGCAUGAUGUGCUCUACACUGGAACUGUGCACUGACUGAAUAUGGAACAUGGGUUCUCCUAUACAUAUUUUAAAAUAUAUAUAACUGAAACAGAAGUCAAAUCACGACCGUAACGUUUGCAAAACACUACCGAUCUGAGGAUGUUUACAUUGAACCUUGAUUAUGCAUUCACAUAUGAAGCAAGAGUGUAUUUAAAUGGACACAACUCAGCCUCUGCAUUUAUUUUAUACUUGUCCUGAACAUGAGCAUGUCUCCAGCCGCCUCUGAAGGUGAUGCAUUCACCAUCGGGUGCGUGUGUUUCACUCCUAGCUGGUGUCCUUUUAAAGUGUGUAUGUGCGCAGGGUACGUGUGUGUGUGUGUGUCAGUGUUUUUAAUGUAUCAGCUGUAUUAACUACUGAGGGAACCAAAUAAAUAUUUACACCCUAAUGCUACUUUAUUUGUUGCCUAUCAUGGAAAGAAGCGUAUUGAAAUGAAAAUUAGAGGAAAAGUCAGUGUUGAAUAGUAGUUAUUUAAUAUUAAAAACAAUCGAAUAAAAAUGAAAGUCAAUCUAUAGACAGACAGAAAGAGAAAUAGUAUUGAUGAGUGCUCGGACUUGUCUCAGCAAAUUCCACAAAGAAAAUGAUUUUAUAAAACAUUUUGGUGAUUGACACGUUAAAAUAGAUCUAAAACACAUGACAUAUAAAAAGUUGCUUGUUUUUCAAAGUACACUGGUUGAUGACAGACAGUGUUAAGGUUUGUUUUUAUUAGUCAUGGGGAGAAUUCUGAGUUAUGAGAGUUUAUGAGAGAGAUUAAAAUGUAUGGCUUGUAAUAAAUGUUGCAUGGUUGUAUUGGUUAUUGAAUAUGACUGCUUCCACUAAACACACUCAAAGCAGAUAAAAUAAGUCAUCAGAACUUGCAAAUUAGUGUCACAUGAAGGCACAGUUUAAGACUCUGAAAAUCAUUUUAAAAUCACACGUUUUGUGACAAAGUGCAACAAAUCUAACAAGCAUUAACAGCAUUGUGUUUUACUAACUCAAGUUGUAUCCUCAAGAGCAGCAACUUCUCACGUGUGUAUAUAUAGAAGUAAACAGUAGCUAUAUUGCUUAAAUUAGGGCGAGUCAUUUUUACAUGACAUCUUUAUCAGCAUGGUGGAUUGUAAUUUCUCGAGGUGCGUGAGAAGAUCACAGUGAACUGAGAGGAGCAGUUGUACUUGCAGCACAGCUACGUUAAGACACGUGUGUUUUUAAGUGCUUUAAAAUGUGACGCCAAGGCUAAAAACUGUAAACUACAUAUGAAAUAGUAAACUAAGAAUCAAUACGGUUUUCAAGUGCUGUCCAACUCCACACCGCUAUUCUUCAAAAAAUCCAUUUUUGCAGAGAUAGAUAUUUGGAUUUCCAAACACCAGAGGGCGCCAAACGCGCAUGAACGUGAGUAUGACGCCACACGGUCACGUGUAGCGGUUGUGUUUCUAAUACGCAAUGUUUACUUCACCCUGGUCACAAUGUUUGAGUCCUGAUUGCAAACUUUUGACUAAAAUAAAACACUGUAAAAAUGACAAUGUUGUUUACAGUAGGAUGAUGCUCCUUUUUUGCGUUCAUAUUCAAAGAAGGUGUAAAACCAUGUCCUGUUUUUUUUUUCCAGGGAUCACCGUCUCUUCUGUUCCUGGUUGUGUUGGGCGGGUCCCAGACUCCUGUCAUCCAUCCCGUCCACCUUCAGGUGAGACUCGCCGUAGCGCUUGAUCAGAGCACCGGGCACCAGGGCGGCCACUGCGAUGGCCAGCAGCUGCGCCAGAGUGCCCCAGGAGAAGAUGUCAUCCAUGGAGGAGAUCUCUGAGAGGAUGGAGCCGGUGCGCACGCAGAUGAAGUUAUACGGGAUCAGGCCUUGGACAGAGAACAUGAGGCAAAAUCACUUUUGUUAUCUUUCAGCUUGCUGCAGUUGAAGAUUUGAGGUUGCGUGAUGCGUUUUUGUGGUGUUGUGGGCGUGUUUCAGUGGCACGCUGUCUCACCUAUGAACACAGAGGAGAAGAAGAUAGGCAGAGGGAUGUUGAGGACAGGACAGGUGAUAUUAAGGAACCAGUUAGGAGUCAUGGGGAAGAAACGGAGGAAGAGGAGGAAGAAGAACAAACUGCUACGGUUUUCUUCUGCCUGACAGCAGGAAGAAAGAAGCGAGAGAGUAUGGAGGAGAAGAGAAGGGCUGUGACAGGAACCGUUCAGCAGCAGCGCAAAAAUAAUCUGAAAUUUUCUCAAACACUCACCUUCCUCUGCAACAGCGCCACCUUGUCUGGAAAGAGCUGAACUACAUGCUGCUUUCCGAAAGUGGACGAGAGGAGGAAGCAGAAAGUGGAGCCGGUGGUGGUGAGUAAACAAGCCAGCAACAAACCCUCCCACGGUCCGAAGAUGGCUCCGGCCAGCAUGUUCUACACCAGACGGGACAAAAGACCAUGGGUUUCUGCGCACGUGGCUUCACCUAUAACCAGAGAUGCGGGCUGACCAGAAACGAUGAGCCAGGAAUCGCGAAGGACUGUUUGUACAGGUACGCGCUGCAGAAGAGCAGCAGGACGUAGCUGUAGUGUUCUCGCUUGUAAAACUUGAGCAUCUCUGCCAGGUCGCGCAGCUCGUCCAGGUCGGAGGGGAACUUGAGUCUGCAAGGAAACAAACCACACCCAUGAUGAUGUCAUCAGAUGGUUCAGACUAGCUUAGGCCCAGUACCCUUAGCGCUUCCAAAACCCAAGUGGAAAUCUUUCGAGAUGAAAACGCGAUUUCACUAGAUACAAAUUAGAAAAUGUAGCGAACACGCUCACAUCUGUGACAGGUAGUAGCCAGCGAUUGACUGUUUUCAUUCAGGAAAAAUGUUGGUUCCUGCUGCUGCGUUGGUUCUGUUUGUUUGGCUUCGGCUCAGACGCAGAGAAGAACAUUUAACAUUCACAUUCGCAAAACCAGAACUAGUGAACGCAACCAAUUUCAUCAUUUCAUUUAAAGCCUGCAUCCAACCUCAUGACAUUUUGAGGGUUGAUUUCAAGGGCAAAUCCACACUCCCCUCUGCUCCCUAGAGUGAUGGGCACACGAUCCCUGAACGUUAACGCUGAAAAUCGAUACCUCGGAAGUUGGAAGUCACAGCGGAGUUCAGUGAGUAAAAGAAAAUGGCGACAUCCACGAAAGCUAUUCUCAAGUGCGCAUUCUCAGAAUAUUAGAAAGUUCUUGAAAAAUCUGCGUCCCACUUGUAGAAGAAAUGCAAUUGCGUGAGUAUGUGGAGUUCUUCAUUUAUUCUAAACUUCUGCGUCAUGUUUACAUUUGGGGAAGCCAUCUUGGAUUGCAAACUCAGGGUGGUGAGAACCUUCCCACCUUCCGGCUGAGAAGUCAGGUGACGUCAGUGGGGGAGGCGGAGCUGGGAAUUUCACAGUUCCGGGGGCAACUGGAAUGCACCAUUAAUAGUUAGGUUUGGGUGAGCUGUGUAGUUUCAUCUGGAGUCGUGAACAUUUUGAACGUUACUCCCAUUCGCCUGUAUAGCUUUGCUAGCCCUCACCCACUGUGUGCCUUGGUGUAGGAGCUGUGAAACACUACUGCCACCUGCUGU